CGAGAGCUGAUGGAGCCAGAUGAGAAAGGCAGGAGGCGAGCCCCUCAGGUUGCGCGUCAGCAUCCCCUCAAAUAGGGAUCCGCUGCUGUCACUCCUGCUCCACAUACUGAGAGACGGACGACUGUAACCCUGAAACAACAGUCUAAAGCAAAUUUCACUUGGCAUGCAGCUGUUUUUGCAUGUGAUGCCAAAGAAGAUGAGUAAGAGGAGGCUGUGAGGAGGCUGGAGCCUUGCAAAGAAUGAUAGUGAGGAUCAAGGCGCGCUGUCCCAGGAGAACUCAUCUGAAGAGCUGGCCGCGAGAGACCGGGAUGCUCCUCUAACGCAUCGGGAGGCGAGUUUUCCUGAGCAGACGGAGUUAGAGCUCGAGUGGCAGUGAGUGAGUAAGCAAGAGGGAGUAGGUGUCAUGGAUGAUGAAAAGAAAAACGCCGUGGACCCGACCUACCAAAACUUGCUGCUCCUGGGCGCCAUCGCAGCGGCAUCCGCUUUUGUGGUCACCAUCCUUAUUGUCCUUGUCUGUGUUGGUUGUCAAAGAAAAAGCAAGAGCAAGCACCCCCCAGCCGGAGAGAAAGGGACAUCUGUAAAUAUGCAGGGUACCCUUCGACACCCAAAACUGAACUCCAUGAGCAAAUCUGACACCAGGCUGCAUGAGAUCAAUCGCUUUCCCUGCAAUGGAAACUCUGUUAGCAAGAGCCGUCCAGCCAGUAUGGACCUCCUGCUCCUCCACAGCCGGCGCUCUCAGACGGACCUGAGGCCCUCCCAUGGGCGCCAGCUUCCACAGAUCCCCACCAGUCCCCAGGGAUCUGGCCAGGGGGGAGGAGUGGAGACAGGAGGGGAUGGGGUAGGAGGAGCAGGAGGAGGAGGAGGGGGGGAGGCUAGAGACCACACCUACACCGAGGUGGGCAUACGGAACAACCCCACCCCCACCCACUGCCUGGAUGACGGCCUUUAUGAAAGCGUAGGUGUCCGGGAAGGUGACGCGGGCCCCAAGGUCCCCUCGGCCCCGCCACCAACAUCAAACAACACUCCAGCUACAGUCAGAGCUGCCCAAAGUCCCCCAGUUCCAGCCAACGGAGCUCGCAAUGGGAACGGACAUGUGAAUGGUGGCAGAGGGAACGGCAGAGGGAAUGGCGCCAUUAACGGACCGAUGACAGGAAGAGGUAAUGGUGCGAGUGGGGUCAACAGGUCACCUCUGUCUUCUGUCAACUCCUUGGCCAUUCAAGAUCCAACUGCAGCUGAGUACGCUUCCAUACGGAAGUUCAGAAAGGUCGACAAGACAAACAGGAAGGAAAAUAAUGGGGGCGACAGCCAGUCAGACAGUCAAUCGAGCGUGAGUGAUUCACCCUCUACAGCUCCUCCUCCACUACAUCGCAGUCAGGAGUUUCUGCGCAAAGGACUGGAGCCGUUUCACCUGCACUCCUUCCCAAAGGAGGCAGUGUUCAUGGGCAACGGGGAGCAGUACAUCUGGAAGCCUCCAGAGGAAGAUGACAUCAUCACCUUGCACCCACCUCCACUCCGUGCAGAGAGCGUACAGGGGCACCCAUUGCCCCCAACUGCAAAGGAGAUUGCAGACACCUACUCCAUUGUGUGUAAAACCCAGAAGAAGAAACCUCCCAUGGAAAACAACGGAUCAAAGACCCUCCCACGUUCCUUUGGUGGAGGUUCCCGGGGCAGAGGUCGAGGAGUUCAGGGCCAGGCACGUUCCCAGGAGGAGCCCUGCUAUGAGCCGGUAGGAGACAGGUCCUGGCCCACAUGUGCAAUGACCGAGUCUGACCCUGCGUACGCUACUAUCGACACCCACCGGAAACGGGAGCAGGCGGCAACCAAUAACAGCACAGCUGGGGGUUCUGCCACUCUGAAGAGAAAGAAGCAGAUGCCGCAGCAGCAGGCAGCACCAGCGGCACCUCAGAGCUCAGGACCCACCGCCCUGCCUACUAGAGGACUGCCUGGUGGGGAAAACUUCUAUGAGACCAUCAGCGAUGUGAAACAAGGGGGCAACAGCUCCAGCACCACUACCAUCUUCACCUUCAAUGAUGGGAUGGAGAUGUACGUCACCGGCCUGUAGCUGGCUGACAGGCAGAAAGGGCCCAGAACCCACUGGUACAGAGUCAUGAAAGGGACCCUCCUGUUCACCAGCCAACAGGUUGCUGUACAUAGAUACAAGGCCCUCUAUAGACAAACAACAUGAGGAUCCAUUUUGUGAUGACAUCAGGUAUAAACAGGGUCUUAAUCCAGGUUCAGACUUCCCUUGAUUGGUCUGUACUUCAGAACCAGCCUAAGCCUAGUCCAGCCCCAAUAUGGACCAAAUAUGUUUUAACAAAAAAAAUAAAGAAAAGAAAACAAGAAUAUAUGUCUUCAACCUACUGUGUCACUGACCAUACUCACCUGUUUGUGCAUCAUUUUCCAUAAUAUUUUAUUUUUAUAUGAACACUGUACUCUUUAAAGAGUAUGUGGUGUAACUCACAUCCUGAGAAGAGCACACUUUAAUAUACAUUAAAAAAAAGUGCAUGCAUUGUGCAAACACACACACAUGAGAAUAGACAGAAGUAGCAAGGUAUAUUGUAGGUAUAUUGGGAGUAUGAGGCGCACUGUUAGCUGUUGUCACCCAUACACACACACACACACAUGCCUCAUCUUGGGGGGACUUAUGUAAUAUAAGCAGAUGGAUGUCACAGAGAUUUGCGGUGCUUAGCUCUCUCUCAGCAAACAUCUGAAACCGGUUGUCUGUGUGGCCUGUUGCCUGGCAGACGGCAUUGUGGUGCUUUGUUCAAACAUAGGCCUAACAUUUAUAGGCCUGCUUAAACACAGAGGUAAGUGAAGGCUAUAGUCCCCAUUUCACAAAUUACUAUCAUAAAUGUGCCCUUAACGUAUUAGCAGUUCUCUAUCAAUAACAGCCAUCAUUAUAACUAUAAAAAAGUGAGUUUUCUGUAACUUUCAAUCAACAAUCCACGCUCCGAUUUGACAAACAUCUGUAGCCCGAGGCAACAGAGGCAAAACACCCCCACACAGCUACACACAUACUUGGCAGAGCCAUGCGGGGUAAAGCGAUCAGGUCAAGGGCAUUUAGUGAGUUGUGCAAGAAUUUCCCCAGCGUGAUAUGGGUGACAGAUUUCACAAUGCAAAACCUUUACUGUAUUACUGGGAAAAAUGAGAGAAGAAUAUUUUUAAAAAAAAUAAGGAAACGAAAGAGAUACAGGAUACUUCACCCUGUGUAGUUAAUAUUCCAUGUCCUUUGGGCACUGUAAACAUCUGAUUUAAUGACUAUUAUAAUUUUGCACUGCACAGCUACAAGGGUGUUUGGCUUAAUUGUGCAUUAACAUUCUGUAAAGGAAGUUUCCGAGUACAGUUCUGAUUUGCUCUGUAGUCGUAAGUCAAAGCCAGAGCUCCCCAUAGCUCAACAGACUCAAGUCUGGUGGUUGAAAUAGCAACAGAGGGCUUAGACUCCAAGGAAAAUAAAGAGCUGGGCAUAAAGUUUACCAGCAAGUGUCCUUUGGAAGGUUGCCCCUCACCCUCUACCCACCCUUACCCACCCAGCCUCUUCUUCUCAGUUUUAAACAAUGUCUUUCCCAUGUAGCUUUGGGGAACAGAAAGAACUGAGGAAGAAAACAAAACAUUAAAGGCUUAAUAAUGUACAUAAAGAUAAGAGGUGAAAAGGGAUACAAAUUGCUCACAGAAAUUAAGGAAGCAUUAGAAUGAUCACACUGUGAGACAACCAUGCAAAGAAAAAACGGGUUUAGAAAGGUUAGUAACAUAAAUUUAUAAAUGCUACUGUGUCAGAAAGUAUGUAAAAACAAAUGCACUCUGUAUUUAAUGCACUGUUUAUUUUUUCUUACCUACUGAUAAUACCAUUGGUUGAAUAGCUCAUGCCACUGCCAUGAAAACAGUACGUUUAUGUUGUUGGUGCAAAUUUUUCCUGCUUGAUCAAAAAAAAAGUGCAUGCUUUGAUAUAUGGAGAUGAAAACAAAUAUUGUGGUACUUAAUUGAUCUCUUGUUUGUUAAUCUUUUUUUGCCAUGUGAUGCAAAGCAGCUUUCAGUUUUUUUUCCAAAGCAGCAACUUAAAGUAGGAGGAGGGUAGAGAAAUAGAAAGAUAGAGAGAAGCCAUUGGGAGUUUAGAGGUUGUUUAUCCUCCGCUCUGGGGGAGCAAGGAAGAGCGAUAGAGGUGUGGAGGG